UCGGUGCACGUACGAGACGAAGUGACGGCACGCCGAAACUGAAACGCGGAGAGCGUCGAGACACGAACGUUUAAUGUCGCAUUUCCGUGCUGUUUUUCUACAGUGAGCAUCUUAGCCAGUGUGUGAUUAGAUCCAUCUCGAGUUUUCUCGAGUGUGUAGUUUGUUGCGGUAUUAGAGAAUGGCAUCCGACGAAGAGGUGGACGAGAGCUACGCGGGAGAAGAUGAUAUAGAUGAAACUGGGGGGCAAAUUUCAAAUGUUCAGCAAGUGGAUGGUUCAUCUGAUGCAGAAGAAUCUCAAAGAUUAGAGGAAGAUGAUGAUUAUGAACCAGAGGAAAGAAAGAAGAGAAAAGGCAAGAAACGAAAAGCACGUAGUGAAGAUAAGAAAGGGAAAAAAAAGAAGAAAAAGAAAAAAUCUGAUUCUGGAGAUGAAAGUGAUUUUGGAGGAGGUGGUGAAACUGGUGAUGUAGCUGGAGAUGAUAGUGACUAUGCAGGCAACAGAAAAAGUAGAAAAUCUUCCUCUAGGAAAUCAUCUAGUCACAAUGCACCAGCCCCUUCUAGCCAGGAACCUACAACGGGGAUGCCUACAAUAGAGGAAGUUUGUAACACCUUUGGACUGACCGAUGUACAAAUUGAAUACACUGAUGCAGACUUCCAAAAUUUAACUACUUAUAAAUUAUUCCAACAACAUGUUAGACCACUUCUUGCAAAAGAGAAUCCAAAAGUUCCAAUGUCUAAACUUAUGAUGCUAGUAGCUGCCAAGUGGCGUGAUUUUUCUGAAUUAAAUCCUCACACACAACCAGAUGCAGAUGUAUCCAGGAAUGCAAGAGCAAAUCGUGGUAGUGCAGUUCAGGAAGGCGAAGACGAAGAAGAUGAUGAUGAAGAUAGUGAUAGGAAACGAAAAUCGCGAGGAUCUAGAGCAAAAAAAGGGAAAAAAGCUUCUAAAGUACCAACGCUUAAAAUCAAGCUUGGGAAACGCAAACGAGGAAGCUCAGAUGAAGAAGCAGAGGGUAGUGGUGCUGGUACAGAUAGAGAUUCAGAUAUGGAAUUUGAACAGAUGUUAGCAGAUGCAGAAGAACCUACUGGCGCUGAUGGAACGAAUAAAGGAAAUACAGAAGAAAGCGGUGUCGAACCACCAGCAGAGCCACCUGUUCGUAGGAAGGCAAAAACCAAAAUCGGAAAUAAAACUAAGAAGAAGAAAAAGACGAAAACCACAUCGAAGUUUCCAGAUGGCGAGGAAGGUCUUCAGACUGAUCAUCAAGAUUAUUGUGAGGUGUGUCAACAAGGUGGAGAAAUUAUUUUAUGUGACACAUGCCCUAGAGCUUAUCACUUGGUGUGUUUAGAGCCUGAAUUAGAAGAAACCCCAGAAGGAAAAUGGAGUUGUCCCCACUGUGAAGGAGAAGGUGCAGCUGAAGAUGACGAUGAACACAUGGAAUUCUGUAGAAUAUGUAAAGAUGGUGGUGAAUUAUUAUGCUGCGAUAGCUGUACUAGUGCGUACCACACACACUGUUUAAAUCCACCGCUCUCGGAAAUUCCUGAUGGUGAUUGGAAGUGUCCUAGAUGUUCUUGUCCUCCUAUACAUGGGAAAGUUUCAAAGAUUUUAACCUGGAGGUGGAAAGAAUGUCCAGAAACACCCUCGGAGGAACCUUCAACAAGUAAAGCUACUCCUAAGCAGCGUAGAAUGCGUGAAUUUUUUGUGAAAUGGGCAGACAUGUCCUAUUGGCAUUGUGACUGGAUCACAGAAUUACAACUUGAUGUUUUCCAUCCUCUUAUGUUCAGAAAUUACUCACGAAAGUAUGACAUGGAUGAACCACCAAAAUUGGAAGAACCAUUGGAUGAAAGCGAUUCUCGUGUAAAACGAUUGAAAGAACAGGAUGGUGCUACAAAUAGGGACGAAUAUAAUUUAGAGGAACGAUUCUAUCGUUAUGGAGUUCGGCCAGAAUGGCUUGUAGUACAUCGAGUAAUUAAUCACAGACUUUCAAGAGAUGGUAGAGCGACGUACCUCGUUAAAUGGAGGGAAUUAGGAUAUGAUCAAGCAACUUGGGAAGAUGAACACGAAGAUAUUCCUGGGUUAAAACAGGCCAUUGAAUAUUACUUGGAUCUCAGAGCCGCAAACUGCUGUGAUGGUAGUUCCUCACGCAAGGGCAAGAAGGGUAAAGGCAAAAAACUGAAAACACGGGAACUUAUCGAUGACGAGGAGAGAACACCUAAGAGAUAUACCCCUCCGCCUGACAAACCUACCACGGAUCUCAAGAAAAAAUAUGAGCGACAGCCAGAGUAUUUAGAUCAAACUGGAAUGCAAUUACAUCCCUAUCAGCUAGAAGGUUUGAAUUGGUUAAGAUAUUCAUGGGGUCAAGGCAUAGAUACAAUUUUAGCAGACGAGAUGGGAUUGGGAAAAACAAUCCAAACUAUCACCUUUCUCUAUUCAUUAUAUAAAGAAGGACACUGUAAAGGUCCAUUUCUGGUAUCUGUUCCUCUCUCGACUAUCAUUAAUUGGGAACGUGAAUUUGAAACCUGGGCACCUGAUUUCUACUGUGUUACUUAUGUUGGUGACAAAGACAGUCGUAUUGUAAUUCGUGAGAACGAAUUGUCUUUCGAAGAGGGUGCUGUUCGUGGAGGCCGAGCAUCAAAGAUUCGAUCGAAUCAAAUUAAAUUCAAUGUUCUCCUUACAAGUUACGAACUGAUUUCAAUUGAUUCUGCGUGUUUAGGUUCGAUAGAUUGGGCUGUAUUAGUAGUAGACGAGGCACAUAGACUCAAAUCUAACCAGUCGAAGUUUUUUAGACUAUUAGCGUCUUAUAAUAUUGCAUAUAAAUUAUUAUUAACCGGAACUCCUUUGCAAAAUAAUUUGGAAGAAUUGUUUCAUCUUUUGAAUUUCUUGUGUCGUGAUAAAUUCAAUGAUUUAGCUGCGUUCCAAAAUGAAUUCGCUGAUAUUUCGAAAGAAGAACAGGUGAAGAAAUUGCAUGAGUUACUUGGGCCACAUAUGUUGAGGAGAUUAAAGGCUGAUGUAUUAAAGAAUAUGCCCAGCAAAUCUGAAUUCAUUGUUCGUGUUGAAUUAUCGCCUAUGCAAAAAAAAUAUUAUAAAUAUAUAUUAACGAGAAACUUUGAGGCUCUAAAUCCUAAAGGAGGAGGUCAACAAGUAUCACUUUUGAAUAUCAUGAUGGAUCUUAAAAAAUGCUGCAACCAUCCUUAUUUAUUCCCAGCCGCGUCUCAAGAAGCACCAACUGCACCAAACGGAACUUAUGAAACAUCUGCACUAAUCAAAGCAGCAGGAAAAUUAGUUCUAUUGAGCAAAAUGUUAAAGAAACUAAGAGACGAUGGACAUAGAGUGUUGAUCUUUUCUCAGAUGACGAAAAUGUUAGAUAUUCUCGAAGAUUAUUUAGAAGGAGAGGGUUACAAGUAUGAAAGGAUAGAUGGUAACAUUACUGGCGCUCAGCGACAGGAAGCUAUCGACAGGUUUAAUGCACCUGGUGCUCAGCAGUUUGUUUUUCUACUUUCUACUCGCGCUGGUGGCUUAGGUAUAAACUUGGCAACCGCCGACACUGUAAUCAUCUAUGAUUCCGAUUGGAAUCCUCACAACGAUAUUCAAGCAUUCAGUAGAGCUCAUAGAAUUGGUCAAGCAAAUAAAGUUAUGAUUUAUAGAUUCGUAACCCGAAAUUCUGUAGAGGAACGUGUCACACAAGUGGCGAAACGUAAAAUGAUGCUAACACAUUUAGUUGUGAGACCUGGCAUGGGAGGAAAGGGCGCUAAUUUCAGCAAACAGGAACUUGACGAUAUCUUGCGAUUCGGUACUGAGGAAUUGUUUAAAGAAGAAGAAGGUAAAGAGGAUGAAGCCAUUCAUUAUGAUGACAAAGCUGUAGCUGAAUUAUUAGACAGAAGCAAGGAAGGUAUCGAGCAAAAAGAAAAUUGGGCUAAUGAGUAUUUAAGUUCUUUUAAAGUAGCGUCGUACGUAACGAAAGAAGGUGAAACAGAAGAAGAAGCGGACACGGAAAUCAUCAAACAAGAAGCCGAGAAUACAGAUCCGGCUUAUUGGAUCAAAUUAUUGAGACAUCAUUACGAACAACAGCAAGAAGAUCUUGCCAGAACACUUGGAAAAGGAAAGCGAAUACGUAAGCAAGUAAACUAUAACGAUGGUGUAGUAACUGGAGAUCAAAGUACAAGAGACGAUCAACCUUGGCAAGAGAAUCUCUCUGAUUAUAACAGCGAUUUCAGUGCACCUAGUGACGACGACAAAGAAGAUGAUGACUUUGACGAAAAGGGCGAUGGUGAUUUAUUGUCUCGCAGAAGCAGACGAAGGUUAGAAAGGAGAGACGAAAAGGAUCGACCUCUUCCACCACUGCUUGCCAGAGUUAAUGGAAAUAUUGAAGUACUAGGUUUCAAUGCUAGGCAAAGAAAAGCAUUCCUGAAUGCGAUUAUGCGUUAUGGUAUGCCACCACAAGAUGCGUUCAACUCUCAGUGGUUGGUGCGAGACCUGAGGGGCAAGUCAGAAAAGAACUUUAAGGCAUACGUUUCUCUCUUCAUGCGACACCUUUGCGAACCUGGCGCGGACAACGCUGAAACAUUUGCGGAUGGUGUUCCGAGAGAAGGCCUCAGUAGACAGCACGUUUUAACAAGAAUUGGUGUAAUGUCUUUGAUAAGAAAAAAAGUACAAGAAUUCGAACAUAUAAACGGUUAUUACUCGAUGCCUGAAAUGAUUCGAAAACCAGUAGAACCUGUGAAAAUAGACGGUGGUGUAGAUGGUGUAACUGGAACUAGCAGUACUAGUGCAACACCAGCUACUUCUAACGCACCUAGCCCGAGCCCUGCUGCGACAGAACAAAAGGAUAAAGAUAGUGCCGAUGCAAAGGACGUGAAAGAGGAAUCCAAGGAUUCCAAAGAAGAGGAGGAAAAUAAUAUGGAUAAAGAUAAAGAUAAAGAGGAUGUAAAAAAAGAAGAGAAGGACACAGAAACAGAAGUAACUGAUAAGGAAAAAGAUAAAAUUGACAUUAAAGAUGAAAAAUCAUUAACGAAACAUGAUGAAAAAGUAGAAAGCACUGAAAACAAAGCGAAACAAGAUCCUGAGGAAGAUGUAGUUAUUGUUAAAGAUGAUGAGGAAGAAAGUGAAAAGCGGGAGGAAAAAGAUAAUAAAGAUAAAGAUGUAAAGGACUGUGAUUCGGAGACUAUCAAGCCUAAGCGCAAGUUCAUGUUCAACAUAGCUGAUGGCGGUUUCACAGAGUUACACACAUUGUGGUUAAAUGAAGAAAAAGCCGCGGUACCUGGUCGUGAAUACGAAAUUUGGCAUCGAAGACACGACUAUUGGCUGCUGGCUGGUAUUGUUACACAUGGUUAUGGUCGCUGGCAAGACAUUCAAAACGAUAUCAGGUUCGCGAUAAUAAAUGAACCAUUUAAAAUGGAUGUAGGAAAAGGUAACUUUUUAGAAAUAAAGAAUAAAUUCCUAGCUCGACGCUUCAAACUGUUGGAACAAGCAUUGGUGAUAGAAGAACAAUUGAGAAGAGCCGCGUACCUGAAUUUAACGCAGGAUCCUAAUCACCCUGCGAUGAGCUUGAAUGCAAGAUUUGCCGAAGUCGAGUGCCUUGCAGAAUCACAUCAACAUCUUAGUAAAGAAAGUCUUGCAGGAAAUAAACCAGCGAACGCUGUGUUGCACAAAGUACUAAAUCAAUUGGAAGAGCUAUUGUCUGAUAUGAAAUCUGACGUAAGCCGUUUACCAGCCACUUUAGCACGUAUUCCACCUGUUGCUCAAAGACUUCAAAUGUCAGAGAGGUCGAUAUUGAGUCGAUUGGCAGCUACUGCCCCAGGCGGAAGUAGUUCCCAGUCAGGCCAGGCAGCGUUGUUAGCACAACAAUUUCCUGCAGGCUUUUCAGGAGGACAAUUACCAGCUACAUUUGCUGGUGCUGCUAAUUUCGGGAAUUUUAGACCACAAUACUCAGUACCAGGUCAACCACCACAGGGAUUCACAGGUUUGUAA